UCUGUGCGGAUACGUUUCAAAAGAGCUAUUUUGAAUAUUGCCUAUGCAAACAUUCAGAGGACAUGAUGUCAGAAGUUGACUCUUUUUGCUGUCCAGCCUGUCAACCUGACAUGUUGGCAGUGUGUUGCGAUGGCAACCGAAAACAUUACCGCUUCAGAAAAUCAAGAGGAACUGAGGAACCGUCUUUAUAUGAGGGCUUGUUUAUAGCCAAAGAUGACGAAGUUCUGAGCUUUCUGGAGAAAAUCAGAGGAAGCAGCGGGGCAAGAGCAAAUGACAGUGGGACGUGUGGGGUGUCGAGGUUCAGGGCGAGUAAGGAGACAUCCAACAAAUCCUCCUCAAAAAUUGAUGAAGAGGGUAUUCAGGUGGCAGUUUGCAGACACGGGGUAUUAUUGCGUGCCCUGAAUCACUACCGUGGAGAAAUCUUUGCAUAUCCAAUGUUUAUUCAAAAGGACAUGGCAGAGAGAGCAAAUGUUACCUUCUUCGCAAUGGAUGUUAUCUGCAAGUACUGGCCCUACCUAAGCAAGGUGGCUGAUAAUUUCACCGAUAUGCAGCCGUUGAUGGAAAUGAGACCAUUUCUGAGUGUCAUGCACGCCAAAGCACACACAGCAAAAUGCGAGGUGAGAUGGGGUGGCAGGAAUCAGGAUGGAGCAGGGAACACUGUCGGAGAGGAAGUUGAGCAAGUAUGUUAUUACUGACUUUGUAACUAUGCGGACAUAGGAGACUUCACUGAUACAUGUGAGAGAUAAGCGGAGUGUGGAGGAUAAAGUACAUCAGGAUAUCAAACAAAGAUCUAUCUUGCUAGAAUGACCAUCAGAGCACAUUCUGAACUGUAGUUUCAACACCCAUUAUGUCUGAGUAAAAAGUGAAGCUAUGUU